AUUUUAUUUUAUAAACAAAAUGUUACCAUUGAGAAUCAGACUUGAGUGGUUAAUAUUACAUUUCCUAAUGGCUACACAAUAAAUAUCUAAUUUGGAGCCUUUUUUCGUUGCCGUUGUACUCUAAAGAUGGCACCACAUAUUAUAGUGUUACAUUUCAGGUAUCCUAACCUUUACCUAAGAUAACAGUUAUCAGUUGUCAAGUUCUCCCGGCUCAAAAUCAAGUCCUGUGAUAAUGUCCAUAUUUACUUCAAAUAAUGUUCUCCACUAAGGAAAAGCUGAAAUCACGAACAGGAAAAAAUAGUGUCGGAAGAUACGAUUUUCUCAAACUUUUAGUGGAUGAGUUCUAUAAGACUAAAUCAAGAGAUGCACAGGAACAAGUGAUCGCGAAUCUUGCUAAUUUUGCUUAUGAUCCAAUAAAUUAUGAAUUCAUUAGAAAGUUACACAUAAUUGAUGUAUUCCUUGAUGAAAUUGGAAACACUAAUGAUAAGAUUACAGAAUUUGCAAUUGGAGGAUUAUGCAAUUUGUGUUUAGAUCCAAUCAACAAGGAGUACAUCAUUAAUAAAAGAGGUGUUUCAAUUGUUGCUAAAUGUUUGUUUCAUAGAAAUGAAGAAAUAUUGAUAUCAGCAAUUACUACAUUAAUAUUCUUAAUAACCCCUGCUUCAAAAUCUGAGCUAACUUGCCCUGAAAUUGUGGAGUGUAUUACUACACAUCUGAGGAACCCUAACAAAAGGAUAAAAAAUCUUGCAAAUGUUUAUUUAGAAACAUGUUGUUCGAAGAAACAAGUAGCUGAAGCUGCUCAUAAUGUUGAUUUAAAACUUGGUAAACUUUAAGAAAACAAGGAAGUGACACCCCAUUGCUAACUCAGUUGUUUUGAUUAACAAUGCUGAUAAAAUUGUUACGUAAUAGACUCUGUCCUUCUAGAAUUAUGUUUAUGCCUCAUGGCCAUUUAUCAUCUAAUUGGGGCAAUGAACUUGGGGAAACCCUAAUUCAAAAAGAAACAAUUGAACGUACAAUUACUGAAGAAGAUGUUAAUUUGUUUUCUAAAGUAACAGGGGACUUUAAUGUUAUUCAUUCUAGCAGUGAAGAUAAACCAGGGAUAGUGCAUGGUGCAUUGCUUAAUGGCAUUGUAUCUGGUGUUAUAGGGACCAAAUUACCUGGCAAUGGUACAAUACUUCUCAGUCAAACAUUAAACUUUCCUAAGCCCUGUUUUGUUGGGGAAACUGUAAUAGUAACUGUAGAAAUUGAAAAACUUAGAAAAAUAACUUCAUGUAAAUACCAAAUUAUAAGUAAAGUGUCUGAAUCAGUUGUUAUGUUUGGUUCUGCUAAGCUACUUCUUAAAUGUGAUAAAACAUAAUAACUUGAAUUUCAUUUACAAUACAUUCAUAUAAACUUGUUUUUAUAUUUUGUAGUAUAAUGUAACAUAUUGUUGUAAUAAAAUGUAUAGAAGUGAUGAAGUAUAGAAGCUACUAAAAAAAGACUUGUUUAUUUACUUCACAUGUUUUUCCAAAAUAUAGAUGUUUGAUAAACACGUUAAAAAU